AUGAAUACCUUCCAAUGGUUCCUGUUGAUCUAUGUGAUCGGCGGAGUUACCUUCCUUCCGCUGGUUUUGUGCGUAUUUUGGUUCUUUAAACAGAAGAUGGAUCAAAUACAUGAGAGAAAUGAGGAAGGUUUCGAUGGCGAUUCGCUGGUCGCCGGUGGUGUAGAUCGCAAGUUUACAGCCGGUCAAAUCGAGGAGGAAAAAGGUGUUGAGGUCGUGAGACAGGGGUGGCUGACUGUGACGAGAAAAUACUACUAUCAUCACACUGAGUUAUCUGCUCAGGACAGUGAAGAAGCCGGGAAUAUUCCCCAGCGAUCGCAGAUAAAAAGGAAACACAAGUUUUACGCAAUCCUGAGGCACGGGAAUUUGUUUCUUUAUAGAGACAGCGCUCCGAAGAGUAACCUGGUCCAUGCGAUAUCCCUGCAGGACAGUUUCGUAACGAUUUGGCCUCGAAAAGCUGGGGAGGAGCUUCCUGAAAGCAUUUUAUUUACUAAGAAGACGUGCAUAUCGAUCCUGCGUAAGGGGACCACUUCACUGGAAGGUGGGAUGUUGAAAUUCGAUACUACACAAGCGGAAAACGAGGAGUCCCAGGCAACAAAUCAAUUCUUCCUUUAUAUUGACAAUAGUAUUGAGAAGGAGGACUGGUACUUUAGUUUGAUCAGUGCUUCCAAAAGUGAAGCUCCUCGGUCUCAGCUUUCAGCAAACUUACUGGACCCGAAUGUGAGCGCGAGGACUGCUCACUUGAGAACUGCAGAUUCUUUGUUUCUAAUUCAAACCAUUAAUUCGACAGAAAAUCAGUUAACAACAAAAUGGAUAAAUGCGCUGAUCGGUAGGCUGUUUUUAGCCGUACAGGAAUCAGAUAGGUUGAAGGAUUACCUUUACACGAGAUUGUACCAAAAACUCGCCAAGAUCAACAAGCCGGAUUUCCUUAGUGAUUUUGUUGUGGAGGAAGUAGACGUUGGAAGAAGUGCUCCCCUGAUUACUGCUCCGAAGCUUCUGGAUCUAACACCAGAAGGCCUCACCAAAAUAUCGAUGAAUUUCAUGUACAAGGGAGACCUGUCAGUCAUAGUCUCUACAAAGGCAACUAUUAGCCUGGGCUCGCGUUUUAAACAGAGAGAGGUGCCGAUUCAGCUGUCGAUCAAGCUCAAAGAGCUGUCGGGACCGCUAUUGAUAUUGUUGAAGCCACCCCCUUCUACUAGAUUCUGGUACACAUUUCAAACUGAGCCUAUUCUAUCACUUGAGAUCGAACCUAUUGUCAGCUCUAGCAAACUGUCAUAUACGAUGAUAACUAAUGCCAUCAAGGGUAAGUUUGCUGAAGCCAUUAGGGAAUCACUAGUGCAGCCUUUCUGGGAUGAUAUAGUUUUCUAUGACACUGAGAAAGAAUUAUAUCGCGGCGGUAUUUGGGAACAAUAUGAUCGGUCUGAUGGCACUGAUCAGCACUGGGUGGACCAGAUGCCUUCUAUCCCGAGCCAGGCAACUUUAUCAUCAAAGAAGAAGCAACCGCUAGAUGAAAAGAAUGAAAUAGCUGCUGCCGAAGGACAGGGGUCUGCGGAUACCGUAAACUCAGACGAUGAAGAAGCUGUGAACACAUUGAGGACUCAAGACGAUACUUUGAAGCGCCGAACAUUUGCGAAAGUAGAGAGUCUAAGAAGAGCUUUGAAGAACAAAAGUAGAGAAACUUUCAGUGACGAUAAAUCUUCGGUAGAGUCUCUUGGAGGUUCACCUGUAGUAUUGGGAGACAACACAGAUUCAGAAGAAUUAAGCUCAUCCAACAAGCUUUUCAAAAGCUCCAUCAAGAAAUUCGGUAAAUGGUACAAAGACACUGUCAACCUCGGCACUGAGGACAUGAUAGGCCAAGAGCUUUCUAGCGCAAAUCCACCUAGUCCAGAAAUGAUUUCAAAUAGAAGGAAGUCUUUACCUAGAAGGCAACCUCCUUCGACGAUUCCAUCCUCAUCGGUCUUUGACUCAGAUUCUGUUUUAUCCACGUCUAAUGCCACUGAAAUGUUCGCUAACAAGGAUCAGAAAAGAGCAAGAUCUUCUGCAGCAUCGAGUGGGAAGAGUUUCAACUCCAAUCUGAUUUCAAACCUGAAACAAGUGCAUAAUCAGGCCUUCGUGAAAACCACUUCUGAUGAAAUAGCAGAGGAAAUCUUCCAUGAAGACUUUGUGAGGAAAGUUUCUGCCAAAAGUAUGACACUUUCUGGCCACGUAGACGGUGCUACGCAUGAAAAAGAGAACAAACAAACCGUCGAAAGAAAUGAAGAUGCCACUUAA